AUGGGUAGAGGUACGGGUCGAGUGGCAGAGGAGGAGGCAGGAGCACCUGGGGGGUGGGACGAACAAUUUGAUGCAGGGACAGGCGGAAGGAGGGCUGAGGAGAGGGGAAGGGUGGGACCGGGUGCAGGUUGGGGUGUCUUUGGUGCUGGGAGUGGAUCAGGGCAGACAGGGGAAAGAGGGGUUCCAGGUCAGCAGGGCCACCCGAUGACUCAGCACGGGCAAAGGGUGCAGGGGCGCGGGCGAGCAGUGGGGGUGCGGGCGGUGAUGGAGGAAGCAGCUGCAGCAGCCGCUGCUGCCGCCACAGCAGCACUAGGGCCAGGCCCUGGGCCAAGGGGCGUGCUGGCAGCAACCGGCGGCUCUGCUGUAGCUGCAGCAGCAGGAGGAGCGGGAGCAGGGAGAGGAGGAACUCGAGCAGGCGCAGGCAGAGUAGCCAGUGAUACCGCAGCACCCAACAGCAUCGCCUCGCCAGCAACGAGCCUUCCCCUGAAAGGACGGAGGCUGGUGGUGGCCGUGGGGAGCAGCUCUGACAGUGCUGCUGGGAGAGUCAUUGCAACCACUGCUCGCGCUCUGCCUCUCCAGCAGGAGCAAGGGCAGCAACAGCAGCUUCAGUUCCAGCAGCAGCAGCAGCAGCAGCAGCAGAUACAGCAGCAAGGGCAGGUCCAGGCGAGGGCGGUGGGGCAGGGAUUGGUAAUCCGUGCGCGAGUGGAUGGCGCCUCAGCGUCCUCUCAACGUAUGGUGCAGGCGCCUUCCCUCCCUUCUUCCCAAUCUCAUGUCUCUCGGGCAGCUGAUAUUCGCCAGUCUGUGAAGGCUACCUCGUCCCUCCCUGAAUUCCCACCAGGGAGGAGGGACCUGAAGCGGGUCCGGUCCGAGCCGGAGGUUGCUCCGGAGAGUGUAGUUCGGGAUCUAGUGGGCACCAGCAGGGGUGCAGGAGUAGCAGCAAGAGAGCCUGCCAGUGCGACUCAAUCAAGACUCAAGCCGCAGCUCAUUAGGGUUGCGGGUGCGUCUGCUGCUAGGAGUGCUGGCGAGAGGGCUCAGGCAACAGCAACGCAGAGUCCUGUGAAUGGUAGUCGUGAAGCGGCUAGUGCGCCAGCUGGCAAGGCAACCAUUGCGACAGCUGGCAAGGCAGCUCCUGUGAGAGCUGGCGGAGCAGGUGGGCUGUUCUCGGGCCCUCGGCCGCUCUCAGAGCUUCUGAAGCGCAAGCGAGCGAGCGACGAGGGAGGUGGGGGUGAUGGUGGGGUCGCUGGUAAUGGGGCACAGCAGGAGAAGGCUGCUGGUGAGAGACAGAGGAGAGUGGCGCGAGUGGAUGUGACAGGUGGGCAGGGUGAAGGGAAUGUGGGUAAGACCAGGAGGCUGACGAGGGUGCUGAGUGGGCGUGGUGGCGGGGAAGUUGGGACGAAAGCGGCACGCAUGGGGGAAGGCACUGGAGCAGAAGUGUCAGGCACUGGAGCAGAAGCAGCAGGCGGAGAAGCAACAGCAGCAGGCACAGAGGCUGCAGGCUCUGAAAAUGAGGAUGUGGAGAAGGCUGUUGGCCCCGUUGCGGCCACUGCUCCCGUUUCUGCUCCUGCUGCAGCUGUUGUGGAGGAGGAGAAGGUUGGACACGCGCCUGAUGCUACACUGGCUGAUGAUGCUGACGAUGGUAUUAUCCUGGUUCGCAGUGGUAGCUCUCAGUCUAAGGGGGAAAGAGCUGAAGGAGAGGUUGACUUGGGAGAUGAGGAGUUGGUCGACGAAGAGGAUGAGGAUUACGAUUUGGAAGGAAAGCUUGGCGAUUUAUGGUGA